AUGGGGCUACUGCACAGCCAGGAACUCGCUUCGUCCGUGGUAGUAAUCGGGUACAAGCCUUCAAACUGGGGCAACCAGCUCCCAAGCGCGGCGUCGGACGUCGACCUCAACCAGGUCACUGACCAGAGGCCGGCCGAGCAUGUAGCUGCCGUUGGAGACGCCGCGCCGCAAGCCAUGGAGCCGCCUGCGGCAGCAACCGCUGCUACGGGCGCCGAGGAACAACCGGCCCCGGCGAGUGCCGCGGCGAGCACCCCGACGAGGGGCGAGGAGGCAGCGAGGACCCCUCCCUCGAGUAAUGUUGUGGGGGAGGAGAGUAGAGUCCUGACUCCUCCAGCCGGAGAAACGGGAGUCCCGACGCCGCCCCGGGCAAGGGCCUCUUCGCCCGUAGGCUCCCCUGGCCUGGACCAGGGGCCAGUGAUGUCUGCGGCCACAGCCGGUGGUAGUGCGGUGAACGAGGAUACCCCGGCGGCCUCUGACGACGACGUGGAAGAGAUUGAAGUUCGUCCCCGUGACGGCCGCCAGCACGUCUACAUAGGAGAUAUUGACCGGUGCACGGUGUAUGUGUCGCUGGCACCUGGUAUGGACCAUCCUGCUGGGGUAGACCCACCAGUAGACAAUGCUGCUCGAUGUCUUGAAUACACCAGUAGCGACGAGGACCAGAGCCGUCCAGCGUCGACCACAGAUGACAGAGUAGCUGGGAAAAGGCCGAUGGCUGUGGAGCCAUCCUCCACGGAAGCAAUUCCAGCGGGAACGGCUGCGGACCCUUCGAUGGGCCAAGGCUCGACCAGCCAUGCCCCCAAGCGUCGCUGGCUUGUGAGGAUUGUCGACGACGACAAUAAAGAGGACGAGACGACCCCGUCCUUGGUCCGGAGACCACGCAGUCGCCCUAACGUCGCGCCGAUCGAUGUUGAUCGGGUAAUCAGGGACCCUCCUGCCGUGCACGUCGAGCCGAUACGUCCUGGAGGAACAGAAGCCGCCGCGACGGCUACGCGGACCAGGAGAAGUGUGGCCUCGGAUGUUGAUCCAGGUAACACUGCUGGCUUGAGGACAACCGAGUCGGCAGUUGCUGAUGACAAUGCCGCCGAGCAGACCGUCCGCGAGCAGUCGGCAGAGCAGACCGCAGUUGCGGCCACGACAGAGGUUGCCGAGGAGGAACCGGCCCAAGACGAGGCCAAGACGAGCACCCUGGCAAGGGGCAAUGAGACCGCCGGCCACGAGGAGAUCGCCGAGACCGAGGAGGCGGCGAGGGUAGAGCGUGCUACUAAGCGGCUCAUUGAUGAAGUUAAGGGUGCAAUGAAAACGGCGAAGUACUGA